UAAUUUUAUUUUUUUGUUCUUUUAUAUUUUACAGGCAGUUCAACCUCCGAAUGAAGAGGGAUACAUCUCUAUUCUCUCCUGACUUCAAGCUAGAAAUGGAGGGAGAAAUUGUAGAUUAUGAUACUUCUCAUAUAUACAGUGGACAACUCUUUGGGGAACAAGGAACUACGAGUCAUGGAUCUGUAUUGAACGGGAGGUUUGAAGGCUUUAUUAAGACUCCUCAAGGCACCUUUUAUGUGGAACCAGCAGAAAGAUAUUUUAAGGACAGAACCGUUCCAUUUCAUUCCGUUAUGUAUCACGAGGACGAUGUCAAGUAUCCUCAUAAAUAUGGAGCUCAGGGGGGAUGUGCAGAUCACUCUGUGUUUGAAAGAAUGAAAUUAUAUCAGAUGUCGGCUCAAACUGAACCAGAGAAGCAGGAACCUGUGGAUGAACAUGAAGAGAUUGGUCCUGUCAUCCUUAGGAAGAAGCGAGCUGCUCAGGCAGAGAAAAAUACUUGUCAGCUGUACAUUCAGACUGAUCAUCUAUUUUAUAAGCGAUAUGGAGAAACAAGAGAAGCUGUGAUAGCCCAGAUAUCCAGCCAUGUAAAAGCCAUUGACACCAUCUAUCAGUCAACUGAUUUCCUGGGUAUCCGAAAUAUUAGCUUCAUGGUGAAGCGCAUUCGGAUCAACACUACAGCUGAUGAGAAAGACCCCUCUAAUCCAUUUCGCUUUCCCAACAUUGGAGUGGAGAAAUUCCUAGAGUUAAACUCUGAGCAGAACCAUGAUGAUUACUGUUUGGCUUAUGUGUUUACAGACCGAGAUUUUGAUGAUGGCGUCCUUGGGCUUGCCUGGGUUGGAGCCCCUUCAGGCAGCUCUGGUGGAAUUUGUGAAAAAAGUAAGCUCUAUUCUGAUGGGAAGAAGAAGUCCCUGAACACAGGAAUCAUCACUGUUCAAAAUUAUGGCUCCCAUGUGCCUCCCAAAGUCUCUCAUAUCACCUUUGCUCAUGAAGUUGGCCACAACUUUGGCUCUCCGCAUGAUUCUGGAUCUGAAUGUACUCCAGGAGAGUCAAAGAAUAUUGGAUUCAAGGAGAAUGGAAAUUUUAUCAUGUAUGCCAGAGCAACAUCUGGUGACAAGCUGAACAACAACAAAUUCUCUCUCUGUAGUGUCCGAAAUAUCAGUCAGGUUCUGGACAAGAAAAGAAAUUACUGUUUUGUUGAGUCUGGCCAGCCCAUCUGUGGUAAUGGGCUUGUGGAACAAGGAGAGGAGUGUGAUUGUGGUUACAGUGAUCAAUGUAAAGAUGACUGCUGCUUUAAUGCUAAUGAACCAGAAGACAGGAAAUGCAAAUUAAAGCCUGGGAAACGCUGCAGUCCAAGCCAAGGCCCCUGUUGUACAUCGCUGUGUUCCUUCAAGGACCGUUCUCAGAAAUGUCGUGACGAAUCUGACUGUGCAAAGAUGGGAACUUGCAAUGGGUUUUCUGCACAGUGUCCACCGUCUGAGCCUAGAGAGAAUUUGACAGAGUGUAACCGUCAAACUCAAGUCUGCAUCAAAGGGCAAUGUGCGGGUUCCAUCUGUGAAAAGUAUGACCUUGAGGAGUGCACGUGCGCAAGUACUGAUGGAAAAGAUGAUAAAGAGUUGUGUCAUGUCUGCUGCAUGGAAAAAAUGAAGCCUCUUACCUGUGCAAGUACGGGAUCUGAUGUAUGGAGAGGUUACUUCAAAGGUAAAACCAUCACUCUGCAACCAGGAUCACCUUGCAAUGAGUUCAAAGGAUACUGUGAUGUCUUCAUGCGAUGCCGAUUGGUUGAUGCUGAUGGUCCUUUGGCACGAUUGAAAAAGGCUAUUUUCAACCCAGAACUAUAUGAAAAUAUUGCUGAAUGGAUUGUGGCUCACUGGUGGGCUGUAUUGUUAAUGGGAAUAGCACUGAUAAUGUUGAUGGCUGGGUUUAUCAAGAUAUGCAGUGUCCAUACACCAAGUAGCAAUCCCAAAUUGCCGCCACCCAAACCUCUUCCAGGCACAUUGAAGAGGAGACGACCACCACAAACAACUCAACAACCUCCACGCCAGAGACCACGAGAAAGUUACCAGAUGGGACACAUGAGACGUUAA